UAUUGUAUGUGUUUGUGUGUAUGUGGCGUCGUAUGGAGAUAUUUUUAAGUGGAUUUGAAUUUCGCGAGAAGUCAUCUGUGUUAUUAUAGGGACAAGACAUUCCAGACAACUUUCGUAAACGGAUUAUAACAUGUAUGCGCAGUGUAUGGAGAGACUUAAAUGAACAGAACGAAAUUGAAUUUUGUUAAAGAGUGAUUGCAUCUCAGUGCUGCAAACAAUCUCAAAAAGAGACUGUUGACGUAAUAUACAGGUGAAGUGAUAGUUCUGAGGCAUUGUAUUUGUGAAUAAUUUGUUAACAAGUAGGGUCCUGGAUGACGGAGAACGAUAAUGUGAACGGCUGUGUAAAGGAUAGCAGACAACAUAUCAGGAUGUUUAACCACGAUUAUGAGAAACGACUGGUGUGGAUACCUAAAGGGAAUGAGAAAUCAACUAGAAGUCCACUCAGUCCACCUAAUAGUGCAAGUACACCAUUCACACACCCUGAUUCUGCCCUAUCACCAUACAAAUGCUUUCAGCCAGGUAUGGGUGUUUCAUGUGGUCCUGACCGGUUCAUCCCACACAGAGCAACAAACAACUGGCAGAUUAAAUUUUCCAUGAUUUCCGUAAGUCAGGAUAAUACUGUUCGUACAGGGGCAAUUCCAAAAAAAGCAACCCGUGAAACUGGUGAAACAGGUAGAGAUGCUGUUGCGUACUCCUGCCUAUUGAAGAAUGAGCUUCUAGGUUGCAACAUAGAAGAUGUUAAAGGCCAGUCAGAGGAAAGGAGAACCUCAGUAUCACAAGAAGGGAGAAAUCUGUUUCAUUAUUCUCCACCAUCCCAGAAGUCAGUAUCCAGCAGCGAUACAUCAGCUUUAUCUGCCUACUCAUUAUCACCUGUAAGUGCCAAGAGUCAGAAGUUGCUGAGGUCACCCCGUAAAGCUACAAGAAAAAUUUCAAGGAUCCCGUUUAAGGUUCUGGAUGCUCCAGAGCUGCAGGAUGACUUCUAUCUCAAUCUAGUUGACUGGUCUUCGCAAAAUGUACUAAGUGUUGGGCUCGGUAGCUGUGUUUACCUAUGGUCUGCCUGUACAAGCCAAGUUACAAGACUGUGUGACCUUACGGGUGAUGGAAACUCUGUAACAUCUGUGGCCUGGAAUGAAAGGGGUAAUCUGGUAGCUGUUGGCACCCAUCAUGGAUAUGUUCAAGUGUGGGAUGUCAGUCUUAACAAACAAGUUAACAAGAUGCAGGGACAUUCUGCUAGAGUUGGUGCUCUUGCGUGGAAUGGUGACAUCCUCUCUUCUGGUAGCAGAGAUAGACUGAUACUGCAACGUGAUGUGCGUACCCCUGGAGUUGUAGCAGAGAAAAAGCUUGUGGGGCAUAGGCAGGAGGUCUGUGGUCUAAAGUGGUCACCUGAUAAUCAGUACCUGGCAUCAGGAGGUAAUGAUAACCGACUAUAUGUUUGGAAUCUACAUUCCUUAACUCCAGUUCAGACAUACACUGAGCAUCUUGCUGCUGUAAAAGCAAUUGCAUGGUCACCACAUCAUCACGGCUUGCUGGCAAGUGGUGGUGGCACAGCUGACCGAUGCAUUAGAUUUUGGAAUACUCUUACUGGACAGCCAAUGCAGUGUGUGGACACUGGUUCCCAAGUCUGCAACUUAGCCUGGUCAAAACAUUCCUCUGAACUGGUUAGUACCCAUGGCUAUUCCCAGAAUCAGAUACUAGUCUGGAAAUACCCAAGCCUUACACAAGUUGCAAAACUAACAGGACAUUCAUAUAGAGUAUUAUAUUUAGCAAUGUCUCCAGAUGGUGAAGCAAUUGUUACUGGUGCUGGAGAUGAAACAUUGAGGUUUUGGAAUGUUUUCAGCAAAGCAAGGUCACAAAAGGAAAAUAAAUCAGUUCUGAACCUGUACGCAAGCAUACGAUAACUGCAAACUGGCCAGCUCUUGGUUUAAAUGCAGACAUUCAACAUAUUCACUCUGUGUGUGUGUGUGUGUGUGUGUGUGUGUGCACACUUGAAUGUGUGCAUGUUUAUUAAAUGUGAUAUGUGUAGUAAAUAUGUUAUAUUGAAUUACGUCUCUGUAAAGCUAUUAAUUUACUAAAUAUAAAUUGUUACAUAUGUAAUAGGAAUGUCUUACAUAUGUGGAAUGUGAAAUGUAGUAUAACUUACAUUGCAGUUUAAUUUGCUCUUCUGUAUUAUAUUGAUUUCCUCGGGAAAAGAAUCCCUGCUCUGGUUUUUACAAGAGCAGUAUAAUAGCUGUGAAUGGACAUUAUAAGUUUCAGUGUCAAUGUAUAAAUCCAGUAUUUACAAUGUAAAACUCAAAAAGAUGGUGAGUGCCACAUUGUAUAACGUUGCUAAAUUGUUAUAAAAAGAAAAAGCGCCCCCCGCCCCCCCCCACCACCUUCUCUCUCUCUCUCUCUCUCUCUCUGUCUCUCUCUCUGUGUGUGUGUGUGUGUGUGUGUGUGUGUGUGUGUGUGUGUGUGUGUUUGUGUUUGUUUGUUUGUGUGUGAUAAAUUUAUACACAUGGUGUACAACACUUGAAAGUAAGCUGAUACGUAAAACGUAUGUUGAUGUACUGUAUGUGGAAUUAAUGCUUAUUAUAUGUAAUGAUAUUGCCAUUGUAUGUAUGAUAUUCUUGCUGUGCAAAGGUUUUGGUUGUUAACUGAUUUAUUGUAGACGUAUUUCGUGUUGAAAUUGUGAAUUUUAUUUUGUUGAAUAUUUCACAUAAUUAUUGUUGUUAUAAACAUGAAAGUCUGAGUCUUUUGUACUGUUCUGUUACUUUUUGCAUGUAUGUAUUUUUUUUGUGUGUGUGUUCUUCUUAUUGUAAAUUUUGAAAGUUGUAGUGUGUGUUCACAUUUUCAUGAAAUAAAUUUUUUGUGAGCUUGACUAAAGACCUUUAUAUGGAUGUAUAGAUCGCUAUAUUAGUCUUGCCAGUCUCAUAGUUUGAAAAUUAGUAAUUGUUAUACAAGGGCUGUUCAGAAAGUAAUUUAAGUUUUUCUGCUGCUCAAUGAGAGAAGGUGCUAGUGUCCCCAUCUUAGUUUCGGGGCAUCUACUGAAUCAUUAUGUAUCAUGUGAUUGUUUGUGGUGCAUGUUGCCUCUACUUUGUUCACUGUGAAUGUUUAAAAUGUGUGUUGCAGUAGAAAAUCCUGCAAGUUAUGAAGUGCGAUCAGUGAUUAGUUUUUUAUUUGCCAAUAAAACCGAUUGGAAUGUAUCAGGAACUUUGUACGAUGUAUGGAAAUGAUAUAAUUAGUGAAGCCAGAGUGAGACAAUGGUGCAUCAUGUUUAACAGUGGCACACUAGUGUUUUCAGGGAAGCACGAAGUGAUAAGCCAAGCAUUGUCAAGGCUGAACUGGUAGAGAAAAUCAGUGUAAAGAUAUGGAAAAAAAUUGUGAAACAUUAAAAAAACUGGAGGAGAGUGAUACAAAACAAGCAUUGAGGAAAAUUGCAUUAAAAGAUUUUUCUUUCCAUCUGUGACAAUGAAUAACUAUACACAACCAUUUGAACUCAACAGAUCUUGGAUGGUUUUGUUAUGGGAGCAUGAUGGUCAUUCACAGUUCAGUUUGGACCUUCAUCUGAGUGAUUUUCACUUGUUUCCACACAUGAGGACCUGGGUCGCAACACGGCACUUCAGCAAUGAUGAGAAACUGCAUGCAACCAUUCAUGCAUGGUUGAACCCUCAGUAGGCAAGAUUCUAUGAUGGAAUUAACAACAAAGUGAAUCGUUGUGAUGUCGUACUAUAUAUAGAGAUUACGUUGAAAAAUAGCUGAAUAGUUUGGCUUUCAAAUGUAUAUUAUAAUAUGUGUUUCAUUUGAUUUUUUUUAUUCUGAAAUGUAAGUUACUUUCUGAAUAGCCCUCACAUAAUGUAUGGACAAAUUACAAAAAGCUAUUACAUAUUUUCUGAUUUGAAAUAUGCCAUUGAAGUGCGCAAAGAUUAUAACUUACUCAGCAGUAAUAUGGGCACCAAGCAGCAGAAGGAUAAGCUGAAUUGAGGUUGUAAGAGACAAAAAUAAAAUUAUGAGGAAGAAAAGCCUACAAAAUGAACAGUCAGUAUUAGAAAACAAUGUAAUUAUGAUUCUUGAUUAUUUCCGGUUUACUUGUGUCC